AUGGAGAAGUACAACGUCGGUGUCCAGACCAGGUGUGACUCGGGCGAGAAGGAGCCCACCUUCGAUGAUCUCCAGCGUCGCCUGUGCCGACUCAUAACGGAUCGUUGCGGCAGGAGCAGCGAUGAGGUGGAUAUCCAGCGCAUCAUGGGGUCCACGCUGUUCUACAGCGAGACCAUCGAGAUGAAGACGGAUUGCACUCCACAAACCACCUACCUGCCCAAAGACCCCGUGACCAGCAUGCGUGUCAAAAGCGAAUCGACGUACGCAGUCGCCAUGCGCUACGGUGAGGGCAAGGCGAGGGACGCCGGCAUCGGGAAAGUAUACCUCGUCGACAUUGAGUCCAGGGUACCAUCUGUGAAAAUGUGCUGUUUGGGUGGCGUGACCAAGCUGGCCUUCGCCAACCACGAUGGCAUGCUCUUCGGGGGCUCGCUGAACGGUUCCAUUCACGCAUGGGACACUAAUUCAAUGGUGGAAGUGGAGUCAAUUUUACCCAGCAACGAUCAGGGCCACGUUGACCCCAUAGUUGCUUUGGAGCUGUUGGACGACGACACGCUGCUUUCUGCUGACGCCGCAGGCCGGGCGUUCACAUGGUCGUUGCGGAACCUGUCGGAACCGCUAUCGAGGCUGCCAUGGGAGACCUUACGCGGCACCUCUAGGGUGUCAAAAACGUGCCGCGGCUCAGUGCUUUAUUGCGGCACCCUCGACGGCCACGUGUACGGCUGCUGCGUGUCUGGGGAGCCAUCGGAAAGCCACCGUAUCCACGACAACAUCGUUACUGCAAUGGCAACAUCCAGUAACGACUCUACAGGUUCGCAACCGCCACUAUCAGCAACAAGCGUUGCAGAACUGCUCGCCACCGGUAGUUUUGACUGCUACCUGAAGGUCUGGGACGCUCAGAACCUCGGAGAACCCCUGCACGAACUGGUGCCGGCGUUUCACGCCAUCACCGACCUGUCGUGGUAUGUUCCUGCGGCCACGCCUAUAUGUCACACCAGGAACCCGGCACUCUCCGAGGUGCUGGCCAGCGUCGACGAGAGUGGCAACGUCUUCACGUGGAGCUUCAGCAUCAACAAUCAGAUGCCGGUGUGUAUGGCCACGGUGGAAGAAACAUGCACCUGCGUUGAAUGGACACCCAGUGGAAGGCUCCUGAUUGUCGGCGGGAACGGCGUUACCGUGUUCGAACCCUCGGUGGAUGUGCUGUCCCCGGACCCCGACGCACCCGAGUCCGCGUUCGUCGCCCUCCGUUCAACACGUUCAUUCGCGGGCCCAAUGUCCAAGAUGCUGUCUUGA